AUGGCAUCCGCACCGUCAUCCUCGGCGCCACCGUCCGCGGCCGAACAGCGAGUCCAGGACCUUGCCCGCUUCUGCCAGCGUGUCAACAUCGUCGAUGUCGCUCCCUGCGAGAUGAUUCUGGGCGAGGCUCUCGGCAUCAAUGACAUUGACGUGGCGGCCGACUUCACGACCAUCGCUCUCAAAGUGAUGAUCCAAAAACUCCUGCCUUAUCAUGACCAUCCCGAACUGCCCUUGUUCGUCAAAACCUGGGCCAUUCGCCGCAACUCUUCUGGAGAGGCAGAGCGUGCCCCCUUGGUCGGCAAGGGCCGCCUCCGCAGACACUACAUCGGCAUGCUCGAGGACUUCGGCAAACCGACGUGGUUCCAGGCCGCAGAGUACCUCAUCUGCCGCUGCUUCUUCGCCCCGUCCGUGGUCAUCCCGUACAAUGAGUGGGACGAGAGAGACCACUAUCGCCAGCUUUGCCAGGCCUUUGCGGCGCCAGACCAUCGAGAUGGGCCACAGCAAUCCGACAACGAAAGCGCGACUGCCGACGAGCGCUCGUCUUGGAAGACGGGUCCGCCUGCCCCCCCUGUGCCGAUCAUUGAAUCUAGCGGCACGGGCAACAUCCACAAGGCGCACGACUUGCGCCACCAGUGGCCAACGCUGGUCCUGACGCUGCGCAAGGACGCCGACGCCGCUAGCCAGGGCCUGCCCGUGGCCGAGAGCGGUGUCGCCGAGGUAUGCACUGAGCUGGAAAAGUCGAACAAGGCGGCCAAGCCACCCGCCUCGAUGGGCGAGCUCUUCGCCCUCUGGCAUCCGUCCGAAGACGCGUCGGGCCCUGGCAAGGAGGCUAACGAGGUCGCGUUCCAAGAGGUCUGCGACAGCGCCGACCUGUUGCGAAAGAAGAGGCCAAACCACUUCCAAGGUCCCGUGGUGCAUGAGCAGGCCAAGUCGGCUCGGGCGCCGGUGAGCAAGGAAGCGGAGGAUCGGAUGCACCUCGCCCAGAUCAUGGGCUGGCACCUCGUGCCCAUCCUGACGCGCCUCGAACGGCUCAUCUGCGAGGCGGGCCCAGUCAAGGCGAAGCAAGCCGAGCUCGGCGAAUAUCUGCGAGAAGACCAUCCCGCCAUCCUCUACAUCGUCAUCGACGGGGUCAGGCACCUCGACGCGCCCGGGUCGUCGGCGGCCGCCUCGGCCAGUCUUCACCAGUGCCUCUCCCUCAUGCCGCCCGGGAGCCCGUAUUUGAGGAUCUGGCAUGUGCUGCUGGACACGCCGAGCGCCGUUUCCGAAUCGAUCCCGGCCCAGACUGGCGAGGGGGUCGGUACGUCGGCAGAGGCAGCACAAGGCGGAGACGACACUGGCGGCGGCAGCGUCGAUGACGGCGGCAGUGGCGAUGACGGAGGAGAGGAACGGCAGACGAAGCGCGGCCGCCUGGUAUGA